GUAGUAUAACUUAAUUAUUCACUUAAACUUAAUUAAUCUCUAAUGUGGCUCUCCUUCUUCUCCCCACAAUGAACAGGACAACUGGCAAGUUUGAUUAUUCUGGAAUGAGAUAUAGUAUUAAAAAUAGAGGUAGAGAGGAUAGAGGCAACGACAAAUAAAUAGUCUAGGAUUUCAGUCUCAUUUAUUUGGUCUCACACUUACUCCCUUUCCAAUUCCAUUAUAUAUACAUUCAAACAAUACUAAAAUUAACAACUCUUAUAGUAGCAUAGCCAUAGCAUUACUUCUCUCUCUCUCUCUCUCUCUCUCUCUGCAGCCAUGAACGCAUCAACCUCCGAUUACACCAGCGGCUGCGAAUCCGGUUGGACUAUGUAUUUGGAUCAAAACUCCUAUAAUUCCGAUCCCUACACCACAGAUUUCUACACCAGGUACCAACACAAAGGCGGCUACGACGACGACGACGAGGAUCAGUCCAUGGUGUCGGACGCCUCGUCGGGGCCGCCGCCGCCGCACUCCGCCGCCUACUACGGCUACACCGCGGCGGAGGAUAAGAAGGAUAAGAGAGCUGACGCCAAAAAAGAGCCUAAGCAGAAGCAGACGCCGUGCCUCGACGACACGGCCAGCUCUUCCAUCCACCAUUUCUCGCAGGGCAAUGUACCUCCUGAUUAUGAUUCCGCCGCGCAUUUUGAGGGCGAAUCCGUAACGAAGAAGCGUUUGGGUUUCUUCAAAUCAUCGACGAAAGGGAAAUCAGGAAGUGUGGCGGGGAGAAAGAGGCAGUGAGAAAUGAAAGAGAAUAUAAUUUUGUGGUCUGCUGCAGCAAGUGAAAAAAAGGGGGAUAACAUCUGAAUUUCCAAGAUUGUUGUCUGUCUAUCUAUCUAUCUAUCUUCGUUUUAAUCCAUUUUUUAAUCUUUCUACCUGUCCAUGCACUAGGGAACAAGCCUUAGAUCAAAAAUGUAAAAAUCAAGUUUCAAAAAAUUCAUAAAAACAUAGAAAAGGUGUAAUUAAUGUAUUCCUCUUUUAAUAGAGAGGAUUCUUGGAAACAAAACAUUUGUGGUUGUGCAAGAGGAUGAGUUAAUUCGGGCCCAUGAAGUUGAAGGUCCUUUUUUAGUGAAGCCAUUGUCUUAGCUAUGAGUUCUA